AACCAAUCUUUUAACACAUAGUUAGCUCUAUAGUAUUCUGUAGUUAAUUUCAAAGUAGUAUUCUAUAGUAGAUUUCAGUGUGUCCAGAGGAAAAUCCAGCAAACCUAGCUGGGCAAUGGUUUGAGAGAUUAUUCCUAUUACACUUUUGGCAGAAUAGUGAUUCUGCAUAGCACUCACUUCAAUUUAUUUAAAGCAAAGUCCGUUAGCAGUAAAUUCUGUUACUUUUUGGUAGUUUUUCAGGUAGGUGAAUAAUACAAGUUGCUUGGAUAAAUCAGAUACAACACAUGCAAUAAAAUAUCUGUGUAAGUUCAUGUGGUUUGAGGCAACGGGCGAGUACAAUUAUUUAAAAUGUGUGCAAGUGUGGAAGCUCUCAGUUAUCUGUUUAUUAGAUUGUGGAGAGAUGCUUUAGCAUUUUUUUGGAACUCUUGUAGUAUCUAUAACUACUGGUUCAUACACAGAAAAUAAAUAUCAAGUAUUGGAAAACAUUUCUACAUUUUUCCCUCUGAAGUUCAUGUUCAUUAUAGCAGCUUCCAGUCUGCUGCAGUUGUUAGUACUACUUACUUUCUAAGUGAGUCAAAGAACUUUGGUUUUGUGAUUCAAUAUAUUUGUAUUAUAAAUGCUCCUUUGUGAUUCAUCAAGGAGUGACUUUUAGUGUAUUUCUGUUUUUUAAUCUACUUCCCCGUAGUUAGACCCCAUCCCAUAAGCCUGUGGCUAUAACGAAGAUUCUGAAGGAAAGUAGUUUUUUUGUGUUUUCCUUGACAGAAUGAGGAAUCUUGAAUAAUCCCUUAGCUCACAUAGCAUCUGGAAGAUUUAUAAUCAAUGCCACUGUGGCAUGGUGGCAUAGAUUACUCAAGAGGUGAACAAGGUUUUGACAGUUUUACAGAUUCCCUGAGGCGCAUGCUAUCCACAGUACUUUAAUCCAAUUAUUGUGUACAAUGUUCUUUUGAUCAUUUAUUAUCUGUUUUGGACUUACUGUAUGAAGUGCUGUAUUUAGUCAGUGAUCGAGGCAUUUUAGUGGUUUCCCACGCACAUUUCUUACAGCGGUGUUGAACUGGGUUACUGAGAGAAAAGGGUUUUACAUUUAUUUGUUCACUUGCUUCGGUUAGAAGUGAACUCUGUUACGUCUUAGUCUCCUUAGUGGCCAUCCCAAAUCUAACGGUAGUGCCUCUUUUAUAUGGUUUUAACCGUCAGGGGUUGGAUGCCUGUCGUUGCAAGAUUUUCUGUCAUCAGGUGACACUUUGGCUGUUGCCAAAUAUCUUGGUUUUCUUUGUACUCCAUCCCUUCAGACUACCUACUGUUGGUCUGUAGGAAAUGAAGGAGUUUUUGAGGUGGUUUUAGCUUACGUGAAUAACUCAUACCUUAGAAACUUUCCUCUUAAGGUACAACAUGCCUACUUUGGCUGAAAAGGUACAUGUUGUAGGUCAGACCAGUCCAGUUCAUGGUAAUGAGGAAGGUAUUUCCUGAUCUGAGGCAAGGAAAGAGAGUUUUUGGGCUGUGACUUGGAGAAGUAAGAGGUAGUCCCUCCAGGAAUGUGAAUUCCCACUUAAUUAAGCCUCCUCUCUGCCCCCCCAAAAAUUGACUGCUAGUUGGCAACGUUUUAUCUCUUUUAUUCUUAAUAUUCUGGACUUUUUUAGUUUCUUUCAAACUGAGCCUUCUUAUGGUUUAUAAAGAGCUGCUUUUAAACAUUUCUAAACAAAUCUAGGGCCACAUUUAUGUAUGGCAGUCUGUGUUCUGGAGUUUGCUUGGGUAAUAGAUGUACUUUUCAUUAAAGGAAACAAAUGAAUACGUUUUUAAAGAGAUUUCACAUAUAUUUUUGUCACUUCUCGGUGCUUACAGAAAUUUUAGACACUUACUUAUUCUCAUUGUUUUAAGAAUUCUGAGAUAUUAAAGGAAUACUAGAAACCAUGCUGAAAGUAAAUGUUGACUAUACAGAAGUUAAUACAGAGACCCGGGAGAACUUGAAAACAGAGAUAUUGGUGAAUUAAAAUUACAAGCAUGAAAGAAAAAAAUAUCAGGACCAAUCUGUGACAUCAGUGGCUUUCUUUUUCAUUCACUCUGCAUUCACUUCACUUGAACUAAAAAGGCAUAACACCAUUUCAGUCUCUCUGUAAAGUUGAUGUAGUCUCUUGUUAGCUGUAGUUCACCACAAACACUGUAGAAUCAGAUGUGCAGGCUUCCCUCGCUCUCAUGAAUGACUUCCCAUCCCUCCUCCUCCUCCUGGGAUCAAACCGGGGGAACAGGGACUCAACAACAGCUUAUAGCACAACAUGCUUUGGAGAAAGAGGCUUUGGAGAAGAUUAAAAUAGAAAUCGAGGAGGAACUAAAACAUCUUGAUGAAGAAAUCUUGGAAGCAUUUACCACUACAGGAUUUGACUGCCAUACUUCCCCAGUGUUCAGUCCUGCCAAUCCAGAGAGCUCAAUAGAAGACUGCCUGGCUCACUUAGGGGAGAAAGUGUCCCAGGAAUUGAAAGAACAUCUGCACAAAGCACUGCAGAGCUUGCUUAGCAAGCCGGUGACAUAUCAAGAGUAUCGAGAGCGCACACAAGAGACAGCUGCUCAUGCCAGUGGAUGGAACAAGGUCUUGGUACCCUUGGUUCUGCUACAACAGUUUCUGAUGGAGUUAACCAGACGGGGCCAGGAGCCACUGAGCGCGCUUGUGAACUUUGGGGUGACAUAUCUAGAAGACUAUUCUGCAGACUAUAUCAUUCAACAAGGAGGAUGGGGGACGGUCUUUACUUUGGAAUCCGAAGAGGAAGAGUACCCUGGGCUCAUCGCAGAGGACAGUAAUGACAUCUACAUCCUGACCAGUGACAACUCGGGACAGGUGAGCCCCCCGGAGUCCCCCACGGUGACCACGUCGUGGCAGUCGGAGAGCCUGCCCGUCUCCCUGUCAGCGAGUCAGAGCUGGCACACAGAGAGCCUGCCCGUCUCCCUGGGACCCGAGUCCUGGCAGCAAGUGGCCAUGGAUCCUGAAGAAGUCAAAAGCCUGGACAGCAACGGAGGGGGCGAAGAAAGGAGUGAGAACAACUCUUCCAACUCAGAUAUUGUUCACGUGGAGAAGGAAGAGAUACCGGAGGGGAUUGAGGAGGCGGUGGUGUCUGCAGCCGUCGCUGCAGAGCCCGUGCAGGCAGCGUAUCCAGAACCCCCUGCUUCUUUACAGGAAGCAAAACCUCAAGCUGAAAUCGCUGCUGUUGAAAAAGCACAUCCCUCCGCACUUCUGCGUACAAAACAGGAGGAAAAGGGAAAAGUGGCCGAAGAGCUUGUUGAACCUGAAAUCCCCGUAUUAAGUAAACCUGUCCCAAAGUUAGCCCCAUCAGAAGAAAAGGCUGCACCAGAACCUGAGAAAAUACUGCUUCCAGGGGAAAAAAAAGUGGGGAAAGAGGGCCGUUUGGAAGAAAUAGAAGAGAAAUCCUCCGCCGCAGAGGAGAAGCCUAUCUUAUUGCCAGAAGGGAAAUCUAUAUUGCUGUACGGUGGGGCUGCUGCGGUAGCUAUAUUAGCUGUAGCAGUCGGAGUAGCGCUGGCGCUUAGAAAAAAGUAACGGAGCUCUCUUGAGGAGGAGGAGGCGGGGGGGAGAGGGAAGAGAGCACGAUCCAAUUUUUGUAGUUGUGUUACCUAAAGGUUGAGCUGCCCGCUGUUUAAUUGGACAUUUGAGUAACUUAAUGGUGAUGGGGUGAGGUUGUUCAAUAAGCCUCCAGCUAUGGACAAUCAUGUUUUUAGUAGAAUUGGGGGCGGGGACUGGUUUUUCGUGAUUAAAGUACAGGGGUAUUUUUAAAAAAAAAUAAUAAUAAUAAAUUCUGCAAAUUUAAGAACUUAAGUGCAGGUGCUGAAGAAAGGGGUGCUCGUACUCUAGGAACUGGAACGGAGAAUCCCCAGGGGAAGGGGAGAGCCAGCUGCUGCUGACCCCUGGAGUUUUUGGCUUCUCAGAGUGACCGCUACUGCAGCUGUGCUGUCUUGUCACUUCCCGUCGCGCCCCCGAGCCCUCCCAAACCAACGUUAGCCAACCCGAGUCCUGUAGCGAGAGGCUGGUCUCCCUUUUGUCUCGGCUUCCUCUCAGGUACAGCACUGCUCCUCGUAACCUCGCAGGUUCCUCCGAAGCCCCCAUGGGAGAGUGCUUAUUCUUACCUCUUUGCUCACGCCCGUUUUGGCCCCUAACAUUUACUGGAGCCCCAUCCCGUAAAGAUGCUGCCUCUCUGUAGCUGUAUUAUCUCUGAGCAUCCUGGUGUUCCUGGGGGAGAGGCGCAGGAUGGCCGCUUCGGCCGCCCAGGAAGGUGGGAGGGACACUGCCAUUUGCUGGUUUGAGAAUCCAUUUGCUCCGCUCCUGCCCGGCCCGCGUUACUGCCACCCUUGAGCUACCAGAGGUGCAAAAUUCAUGCUGGACACGGGGCCGCUCUGAUCAGUCCUCUGAUAGCAGGGUACAUCCAGCAAAGCUACGGCAAAAUGAGGUGGAAGCGAGGCCGAUGCCGCCCGUGCAAUUCAAAGGUUCAAUGCUAUGCUGUCCUGCAUCACGCUGCAGCCUGUAUCGCCUUUCCCAGGUUAAGCACAGAGUGUAUUUAGCCCUAACUCGGUCUUGGCUGUGACAGAAUCCCAGAUACACAGGGCAAUGGAUUCUGGUAACUGAGCAAAACAGCAUUAAACAUCUCCUCUUUCUGCCUGUUCCUGACCUCCCCCGCUGUGGUGUUCAGUGCGAUUUCUUUUGCGACUCUGAAUCUGUAAUUAGCUAAGCCUACAGGGUCACAUAUGAUGAGGAAGUUACUUUGGCAAAAGCUAAAUCCCCUCUUCCUGCAGUCUCAGCGCUGCAAACGUGUGUGGAGAAAAACCUUUAAAGUAUUGCCGUACGCAUUAGUUACGUCGGACCCAACCACGAGUGUUCCUCUUCGGUGCGCGUUUGUGUCUCUGUCCUUGUCCGUACGGCAGCUCCGUGGGCAAGACCUUAGGCUUUCCUGGCAAAGCUACUGACGCAUCUCUGCGGGUUCGUGCUGGCACUGUGGCUUAGACCAGGUGGAGGUAGGCGAAAGGGAACGCAGGAUAAUGUAAAAAUUGAAAUGCGAGCCUACAGGAAGCUUACUCUUCAUGAAGCACAAAGACAAGGUACUUUAUUUCUAAAUAACCUUAUCCUGAGCACGUCUCCUAAUAAGCCUGUUCUUAAGUGAUCUGAGAAUGAAGAGAUUUUAGCACAUUCUCUAUUUUACAAUAUUCUUGCUAUAUUUUUCCCAUCCCACCCAUAUCCCAGGAUGCUGGGAAGACAGUAAGAACCUGGCAGAGUCUGAGGAAUUUUUUUUGUUUAAGCUUUUUUGAGAGUGGAUUUUUUAGAAAACUUCUUGGGUUUUGAACUCGUGUGUGUGUGCGUGAAGUUGUUGAACACUGAACGGAUGGAUUGUCACGUAUGUACAGCUGCUGUGGACCCAACGCAGGAGCUCUGGAGUUCUGGACUGCCCUGUUGAUCUCUGAUGGCUCUUUUUCCAUGUACAAAGGGUAGCAGGUUGGCCUUAACAGAAAAAGAAACCCUUUACCACAUUGCAAAAUGUUUUUUUUUUUUUUUUUUUUUUUUCCAUUUCCUGGUGCCCUGCUAGUGCUGACAUCGCUGUGUUGUGUGCCCAGAACGGGUCACUGGGACCUCCUCAUGCCACGGACUCUCUGGCAUCUGCCUUCCCACCACGGCAGGUCCCUCUCCUGGCACCGUGUGGAGAGGAGAGGUGUCGUUACGCUGCUAUUGUCACGGAUGUGCACAAAUGUUUUACAGUUCUGCUUCAUUUCACGCAUCACAACAGUGACAGAGUCCGUGAGGGUACCUGGUUGUUCCCACGUGGCAAGGGGCCGCUUUACUGCCCGGUACGUUGGGGUGGGCCUGCCCCUCUCCUGCUGCUUCGCUGACGGCUUUGGUUUCUUCUCGGGGUAUGUUCUCUGUGGGAGAAGGGCCCUUGUUAACCCGACCUGCAUCCUCUCCUUCCUGAAGAUGAGGCGCCUACAUCUGGGGCAUCCUCUGUCUGUAGCCAUGCAGCAGGUUACACAGAAGCACCUGCAUUCUCUCCUGUAGCAAAGGUGGAUUUUUUUUGGACAUUCUGGAUACCUUGUGCACCAACAGGGGGCGGGGGGGAGGGCAGGUGUUCUUUCAGCUCUUCUCUGUACAUGGUUGUUUCAAUAGCAGUGUGGCAGACGGGUACAGGACAGAUGAGAAUAAAUCCGUGCCAGCUGGGGAAGAACCCCCUUUUAGCUUGUUGGCACAUGGAGCCCAGUGGGGCAUUAAAUAAAAAGUCUCUUCUUCCACACACGGCUGUGAGAAGGUGGCAGCAGCAGUAAGGAAAAAUGACUUUUUGGUUUGUGAAGCAUUUUCAUAGUGGGGCAGAAGCCUUGGAGUAUCUGGUGUGUCGCUACAUUUAAUGGCGCAUCAGCUGCACCACCAUGUGUUUGGGUUGGUCCCUUCUUUAUGUUAUUCUCAUUUUAGGGUCUUACGGAUGUGACACAUCAGCAAGAAUUUGUACCGUCUUCUCCCUCACCCCACUGACCAUGCAUUUAGAAAAUUUAUCCUAUAGCGUCUCUGGGAACGCUCAUUUGGAGUCCCAUGGUCAGAGCUGGGCCAGGCCCUGCGGAAGUCACCACAGGGCGGGUAAGCUCAGAUGACGGCGUUCUUACAGGGUUGAGUGCCAGGCUGCUUGCUCUGUUGUGGGUGUGAAUUAAUUAGAAAACAGAAGGGCUUUUUUUCCCCCCUUAUCUUCAAGUGUGUUAAAGUAAUCCUAAACUGUAGGGUCCGCUUGCCCCGAACCGUGUGAUGCGACCUCUUUGUAGUGGCUCCCUCGCAGCUGGCAGAGGAAAGGCAGUCGCUAUAUACUUACGAAAGGGCGUAUAGAAUUACUCUCACUUGUGUUGCUUAUCCCCUUCCCAAAAGUGCCUCAAUAUCUGUCCUCGAGUGGCCUGUACCGUAAUAAAAUAUCUACCUUAGACCCAAUCUUUCUUCACUUUAUCCUUCUCUGCAGCAUACCCUAAAGCUGAGGUGCUAAAACAGCACGAGACUGGA